AUGUUUGGAUUAUUAUUGACUGGAAUGGCUCCUGUCAGUGGUGUGAGACAUAAGUUGCUGCCUUCCAUAUCCAUUGCUUCUGCCUCUGCCAAGGAGUGGGAAGGCUACCAUCAAUGUUAUGAGCCAGUUUGUACCCAAGUAAUAGUGGUUGCAGCUGAGUUUUCCAAAGGAGAGAGGAUAACCGACCAUAGUAAUGCAAAUGUGGCCGUUGAUUUCUAUCAUCGCUACAAGGAAGAUGUGCAAAGAAUGAAGGAAAUGGGAAUGGAUGCUUUCAGAUUCUCUAUUUCUUGGUCUAGAGUGUUGCCACGUAUACAGCCCUAUGUAACUCUCUUUCAUUGGGACACUCCAGAAGCACUUGAAGAUAAAUAUGGUGGUUUUUAA